AUGUCACGUCAAAGUGGAAGAAGUCGUUUUAACAACAACUAUCGUAGUCGUAGUGGACGUGGUGGCGGAUUUCGUGACUCGCGAAUUUAUUAUGGCAAUAAUAACAACAAUAGUCAAGGACGUUAUUAUUUUCAAAAUAUUCCAAAUAUUCCAGCAGUAAAUUUUAAUCGUAAUGAUAAUCAUAGUUUAUCACCAAUUAAUAAUAAAAAUGGUGCUGCUGUUUACAAUGGUCAGGGUAUUAUUCUUUCGAACGAUAAUAACAACAAUGGAAACGAAGGCAUUUCUACUACAUCUUCUAAUAACGCUACCAAUAUCAACAAUUUAUCACAACAACAACUACAACAUAGGCAUAAAAAUAAUAACAAUAAUAAAUCACCACGUUGGUCUACCAACGACGAUAUAAAGCUUCUCCAAUAUAUUUGUAGUCAUUAUGAUCAAUACAAACAAAAUAACUUAAAUUUCUUUCGUAAUCUUAGUGAACACAUAAAUAUUUUCGACGCGGUUGAAGAAUUUCUUGAUUUAGAGGAAGGCUUUAAUCAACAGCAAGAUAUAUCAUCUUCAUCACCAAACAAUAAGAACAUCAAUAACGGAAAUGACAACAAUAAGAAUUAUCAUAAAAACAACAACAUCAUUGAUGAAACUAACAAUAAUAAAUGCAUUUCCGAUAAAAUUUUAACCAACGCUAACGCUGACAAUCUUACCCUUAAAAAACUUGCUCAAUCAUUAAUUAUCAACAACGACCAUUACUACCGCCACGAAUAA